CGAUUACUUCCCUGCUGUAGGUGUUUUAUAACUGGUCGAAAGAUGUAAAGCGAAUUAAAUUUGACAAUUAUCCCUGGUGAAUUAGCAACAUAGCGGCCUGAGCUCACUGAAUUUAUCUAUGAACAUAGGAUUAUAGUCUACAACCAUAUGCCCUGACCAUUUCGUUUUCUAAUCAUUUUUGAUGGCAAAACUAAAUAACAAGAGAAAUGUCAGACAAAAUUGAUACAGGAGUUGUUGAAGAAGAACCUGUUAAAUUAACACCAGCCCAGAGAGCUAAAAUAGAAAGAAAUAGACAGAAAGCAUUAUUAUUAAAACAAGCUAGACUUGCUAGUAAACCUUAUGAUAAACUUAUAACAGGCAAAGACAGCCAUAAAGUAAAACCAUUACCUAAAGAAAUUGAUACAGGUGCAGGAUUCUUUAUUGAAGAAGAAAAUACAGAAAUUAAAACAGGCCAACUUGAAGUUAAACAUCAACCAGCUCCUGUAUUAGCUGUUGAUAAUUUAUUAUGUGAAUCAUGUGAUAAAGAAUUUAUGGACUCAUAUUUAUAUACUCAUUUUACCAUAGCAGCAUGUGAUAGUUGUAGAGAGAAGAAUAAAGAUACAUACAAUCUCACCACAAAGACAGAUGCUAAAAAUAGAUAUUUACUUAAAGAUGAAGAUUUUGAUAAAAGAGAACCACCACUUAAAUUUAUUGUCAAGAAAAAUCCAAACAAUAAUAGAUGGGGUGAUAUGAAACUGUUUCUAGAAUCUCAGGUCUAUUAUAGAGCUAUAGAGGUAUGGGGUAGUGAGGAGGCUAUAGAAGAAGAAAGGGAAACCCGGUCAGAGAAAAAAGAUAAAGCUAAACAAAAAAAGUUUGAUAAAAGAGUAAAAGAAUUACGUAAUGCUGUAAGAAGUAGUUUAUGGAGAAAAGGAACAACAGUACAUGAACAUGAAUAUGGAGAAGAAUCUUAUGAUGAAGAAGAAGAUAUGUACUCUAAAAAAUGCAAGACAUGUGAACAUUUAAUGACUUAUGAGAAAAUGUGAUAGACAAAAGAUUAAAGUCAUUCUGAAUAAUGAUUUUUUGAAUCAUUUAAUAUCAUUGACAUAUUGAAUACAAAAGCACAGCAAUAUAUAGUUCAUUGACAUUAUUCAACUUGUACAAUCCAUACAAUUUUACUUUUUUUAUGAAUGAAAUUUAUUUGGAUCAUUUAAUUUGUUAUAUAUUGAUACAUUGAUACAUGUAGAUGAAAUUGUACAUACUUUAUAGGAGGUACACAUUGCAUGAAAUAUUAAAUACUUUAUGAAGAU